AUAAAACGACCGUCUACGUACAAAUAAAACGGAUGACGAAUUCAUUUUUUUUCUUUUAGACACGACACGAGAUUGCUCCGCCUCCAUGAUGCGUUUCUAUAGCAACAUCUAACCAAAGACUUGUGUGAGAAAAACAUGCAGAAAAUGUCGGCGAUGAACAGAAAAUUAAUUCAAAACCUCGCCGAAACGUUAUGCAAGCAAGUCAAACAUUUUGAUAAAAGAGAGACGGAGUGUCUAAUAAGGCUGUUCAGCGGUCUGCUGGGAGAGCAGGCGGAGAGAAGAGCGGCUCAUGGACUGGACCGGGUCAGGUUUAGAAAUAUACUGCACAACACCUUCGGCAUGACCGACGAUAUGAUGAUGGACAGCGUAUUUCGUGCCUUUGACAAGGACAAUGACACCUACAUAAGCGUCAAAGAAUGGGUGGAAGGACUGUCUGUCUUUUUGCGAGGCGCACUGGAUGAGAAAAUAAAAUUCUGUUUUGACGUAUACAACCUGCAUGGGGACGGAUACAUCUCACGGGAGGAGAUGUUACAAAUGCUGAAAGACAGCCUCAUCAGACAACCCACUGAAGAGGAUCCCGAUGAGGGGAUUAAGGACAUUGUGGAGAUUGCCUUGAAGAAAAUGGAUCAUGACCAUGAUGGGAAAGUUUCUUAUUCUGAUUUUGAGAAGACAGUCAAAGACGAAAACCUUCUACUAGAAGCUUUUGGAAACUGCCUCCCGGAUGCAAAGAGUGUACUGGCAUUCGAGCAACAUGCAUUCCAGGAACCACACGGACAUUGAAAAGAACCACUACUUUUUUUAUGGAAAAAAUAUAUAUAUAAGAGAAAAGAUAGUUAAACAAUAUUUGUGGCUGGAACAGAAAUAAAUAUAUAAAAUGUU